AUGUUCUGUUAUAUGCUUAAUAUUCAUCUAAUUCUAAUAUUUAUUGUUAAUAUUUGCCAAGGAAUUGAACGUCCAUUAGUAAUCGGUCAUCGUGGUUCAGCUUAUUUACCUGAACUGACUUUAGAAUCCCAAUCAAUAGCUCAUGCUUAUCAAGCUGAUAUGGUUGAAAUUGAUGUAUGUCUUACUCGAGACAAUCAAUUAAUUGUUAUUCAUGAUCUUUAUUUAAAUGCAGUAAGUAAUGUUAAAGAUAUAUAUCCUAAUCGAAGUCGUUCAGAUGGUUAUCAUUAUGUUAUUGAUUUUGAUCUUAAUGAAUUACGUAAUUUAACUAUUCAUGAACGUAUUAUUCCAUUUACUAAUACUCAAGUUUAUCCAGCUCGUUUUCCUUCGUCAUCAUCGAUACCAUUUCAUCUUGCAACACUCAAUGAAACAAUUGAAUUAUUACUUGGUCUCAGUCAUUCAACAAAUCAACAAUAUCAAUUAUUGAUUGAAAUUAAAAAUCCAGAAUAUCAUUCACAAUAUAAUACAUCAAUUUCAUCUAUUCUAAUUUCAACAUUACAAGCAUAUAAUUUAACUGAAUCUCAUCAUCCAAUUGUUAUUCAAACAUUUCAUAUUGAAGACUUAUUAUAUAUUCGAGAGAAUUUAAAUAGUCGAUUACGUUUAAUUGCUUUAUUAACAUGGAAUCAUUUAAAUGAAUCUUCAAGUAAUUUUGAUUUCUAUCGAAGUGAAGAAGGUUUACAAAAGUUAAAAACAUUUGUUCAAGCUAUUGCACCAAAUAUGGAAUUAUUAGUUAAUUUCGCUGCAGAUGGAUCGAUUAUUAAUGUAACAAAUUUGACUGUAUUGGCUCAUAAAUAUAAUCUUGCUGUUUAUCCAUGGACAUUUCGACAUGAUACAUACAAAGGAAAUUUCGAACAAUUAAUCAAUUUUUUUCAUCGAACAGUACAAGUCGAUGGUUUUAUUACAAGUCAACCGGAUAUAGUUAUUGAACUAUUAGAAAAAAAAAAUAUGAAGUGCAAAUAUUUUAUCUAA